AAUAAAAUGAAGGAAAAUUUCAGUUUAUUAAGCAUUUAGAAAAAAUGAGCAUAACGAUACUCCUUAUUUCACACAUACAUCUAAAAAAGUCGUAGUUCCAUAAAAAGAUACAACUAAAAAAAAACGUUUAAAAAAACAUUUAAAAUAUAUUUAGUGAGUUACUAACAUAGUUUCAUUGUCUUCCACGUGCUAUCUGUUGAAAUGACCAAACAAUCUGGCAUGUUCUAUGAAGCGUGUUUUAUUUUGAAAACAUAAACCGGAAGUGCGGUGGUUCUUAUUUAAAGAAUCAGAAAACCUGAGGAGAUGUGUGGGGACUUGAGGCCGCUAAAGAGGGUUCCGCUCCAAAGGAAGACUGUCACUGUAAUAUUUGGGAGGAAGAUAUUCAGACAGAUCAACGUGUGGAGGCGAAAAUAGAUACCCGCUUCGCGGACCGGGUCAUGUGGGUUCGGAGAAAUGUUCUUAUCCUCACGCGCGCCGGACAUCGGUAGCCAUCUGCCGGCUUGCUAGCUGAGUCCUUCAAAAUUACCGCUCCGAACCCGCAUUUUUAUUUAUUUAUUUUUUUCCCGUUAUCUGUUACUAACAUCCGCGGCUGAACCUCCUGUCUGCUCUGGAUUUUCGUGCAGCUACUAGUCCUCCGCUGUAAAUCUGACCGCUGGAAGGAUCGAGCUAGCAUCCUCUGGAGUCGGGUGUCCGCGCGGCGCUCGCAGCAUCCCCGAUCAUCAAGACAGUUCCUCUGCGCUGGAAUGCUAACGAACGAGGAAGGGAAAGAGUCGCCAUGAGCGCUGGCCGUUCCCGUCUCUGGAAGCACAUCUGUGAGGCUCCGACGAUCCACGGAUGCCGAGCGGGAUGAGCAUCCGGAGCCAUGCCCUCCGCUGCCGGCCGUGUCUGUCUCCAUCCUUGGGGAUGACGCUCGCACAGGGACCGGGCUUUGGAUGCAAGCAGCGGCGGGACGCGCCGAGAGGACUUGACAGGAGCAUGCUAGCGCGGUGCUAGGCGGCUAACGGACUUUAAACACAUUUUUUUUAACAAAUUAAGAAACAACCGAGACCAAUGUUAUCCAACAAGGUUUGGGUGGCAGUAGUUCUACUGGGCGUGUACAUAGGGCUGCAGGCGAGGUUCUACUUGUUCGGCGGAGUCCUCCUAACGGUCCUGUUUGCCAUGGCUUUUCUGAACGGACCCCGGCUGCUGGACUGGGCGAACUCCCCUCCGCACCUCCAGUUCAACAGAUACGUCCUGACGGGAUACCGGCCGAGCUCCUCCGUGCAGGACUGCAUCCGGAGCCUGUUCUACCUGCACAAUGAGCUGGGGAACAUCUACACUCACGGCAUCCCUUUGGUUUGCUUCUUGGUGCUUCUGCCCCUCAACAUCCCCUGGUCUCAAAUCAGCGUCACCUGGCUGGGGGUGGUGCACUUCCUGGCCUGCCUGUCGCCCCAGCUGGGCUCCGUGCUCUAUCACCUGUUCAUGAACCACGAGGGAGGGGAGCCGGUCUACCACACCCUCCUGAAGCUGGACGUGUGUGGCAUCUGCAUGAUCAACACACUGGGGGCUCUCCCCAUCGUCUACAGCACGCUGCUGUGCUACCCCUUCAUCCGCACCGUGGCUCUGCUCGUCUACAUCCUCCUGUCCAGCCACGCCAUCUACUGCGCCGUCACGGCCCGGAGCAGCGUGCGGCGGCUGCGCUCCUUCGCCUGGCAGGCGCUGUUCCGCUUCUCCUUCUUCCUGCUCCGCUGGGUGGGCGUCGGCGGCGGCAGCCCCACCUCCCUCCGCCACUUCCUCACGAUGGACACGUUGGCCGUGCUGGGCGGGGUCAUCAACAUCGCCCGCAUCCCGGAGCGCUUCCGACCGGGACUCUUUGACUACUGGUGCAACAGCCACCAGAUCAUGCACGUUCUGGUGGUGGGGUCCAUUCUCUACCUGCACUGGGGCGUCCUGGACGACCUGCUGUGGAUCAACAGCUACAACUGUCCCUCCGACUGACCCCCUCAUUCCAGCCCCCGCCUACGGACGAGGAACGCCAGAACUCAACGUCGGAGGACCUCAGGGGGCGGCUGGGAGUGCCUUGGGAGUAAAAACAGUGGGACAGUGUCUCACCUCAUGUACUUUUGCGUCGAAUGUUCACACCUUCGCUCGUCUUUGUUCGCAGGGAACUCACAGGCAUUCACACCCCCCCACCACUGCUGCAUCUUUCACACAGGUGUGCACAGGUGUGCCAGAGCAUACAACUGUAAAGUUAGGAGCGCUUCUCAUGACAGAAUUUGAGGAGUUUUCCAGGUAAAACGUCAAGAAAAAAGGAAGAACUGCAAUAAUAGAAUUGUUUUAUGACAGAUCUACUGGUUCUCUGCAUUUCAGAGGAAAACCUUUCAGAUUUACCUUAAUUAACAGCUAAUAAAGGGAGGUGUAGUUACUCAUUAGGUUAGUUUUUAUAACAAGAUGUUAGAAAAGCGUACAAGAAGCUCUGAAAAUAUGCAAAACUUCGUAAAAGGUCAGAUGUGUGUAGAAGUAGAACCGACAUCGUUUGGCUUCAUUUCAAAUCACCGCAAACGGAUAAAAAGUCGAGACCAACUUUUUCUUCGGAAGCACAGAAACCUUUUCCGCUUCAGAUGUUCUCCUGUGCCGUUUUUCUGAAAGUUCUCGGCGGCAGGAGAUUGUUUUAAGAUGUCAAAAAGUGAGCAGAAGAUUGAAAAAUAGUUCAUACAAUCUUGAUGUCAUUGUGGAUAGACGGGGCUGCUACCAACUCAAGCUAACGCCGACUCAUCAGAGAUACGAUUCAUUCGUUCCUUUUUUUUCUUCUUCAGAAGUACGAACAAAUGCGUAAUUGUCUCUCGAGGCAAAGCUUAAGCUCGCCUUCAUUUGCUAAAUAGUUUCGUACAAACCGGCAGAAGUGUUUGAUUCAUUUGCCGCUGCAAAGAUCCCUAAAGAUCUACCGAGCUGACGGAUCCUUUACACCGAGACGCAGGAAACCUUUUCCAGCAGCGUGAAACGCUUUUUGUCAUUUGGAUGUUUUACGAAGGCCGCUCCGCUUCAGUGGCACAGAGACGCAGAGUUUGAGAAAAGCGUCUAAAAUGCAAUAAGAGUAAAGGCCGAGCAGUUCUGCGACGAUAAAAGCUGAGUUUAGGCUUCAGCUAUUGCAGUUGAUAAAUAAUAAUAUCACAUGCUCCGUCUAUAUCUUGACUGCUCCACAUCACCUCUAUUUAAACCCGCUAGCACCGCUGAGUUCUUACUUUAAUGAGUUUCAGCCACUGUGUGCAGCACGCUGUGACCUGUCUUUACUCUGGAUACGGGCGAGGGGUUCAUUCUGCGGUGCACCAGCUCUUUAGCAAGGCAUUGACUCUGUCGGCCAGAGUUUAUUAGGCCUGUUUCAGAACCCUUAAUGCUUGAAUGUAUUUCCAGCUAUUAAAAAAAAAUCACUUAUUCUUGGUUUCAGAUAGAUGCAAAAUUAAGGUAAUUUUGAAACCAAAGUGGUUUGAUGCACAUUUAGGCAUCAAGGAGUUAAAUCUGGCAAUGUUUUAAUCAUUUGGGCUUUGUGGAAUAUGAUUGAAGACACCUUUGUCCCCGUUUUACAUUGAAAGACCUAAAGGAAUAUAAUCUUCCAUUCAUUCUAAAUGUUUCCGAAAGUGAGAGGAAGACGCUGUUUUAGUCUGAAAAGUGUUUCUAUUGCACUUCAUGAGAAACAUGUCAAAAGAAAUUUAAAGGAGAUUUCUUUUUUUGCAGAUUAUGGGCUGAAUUUGUCUGCUGAUAACCUGGAAAAUUGCUCCACGUUUUCUCCAAACGCACUUUUUUCUCCCCAAAAUUCCCCAAAAUUUUUGCUUAAAAAAACAGACGUUUACCUCUCUGCUGUAUUUUGUGUCUGCCAUAAAUGUUUACAUCCUUUCUAUUUUUUAUACUUUUAACUUAUAGUAGCUUAAAGUUUGAAAAUCCUUUAGGUGGAAAAAGGUUUUGCACAUUUCUUUUGGAACAUUUUAGGGUUUUAAAUAGUUUGACUGUAAGGAAUGAACCCCUCACCCUCCUGCUGUGCAAAUCCACUGUUUGUUUGUUUGUUCUUCUUUUUGGUGCAAUAUUGAGUUAUAUUUAUUUGUUAAAAAAUGAUUUGAUUGUCAAAAUGUCUGGGAAAAAAAAGGUCUUUGCACUUGUUUCCCUUUGCAACAGUCAGAAUUGGGGCUAAGCGGCUCCCCUCACCGUCCAUCUCAAAUGAGCAUUUGCUAACAGCAGCUUCAGACCCGCAGCUUCGGAGGUGUUUGCACGCUGACACUGACGCUGAUGCUGACGCUGACUGAUGAGUUAAGAAGCUGGUAGUGAGCCACAAGCCCCUCAGAGUUCAGGACUGGACACUGCCGGAGCAGAAACUCCUGCAUCGUUGGCCCCUGAAGGGAAAAGUGUUGCAUGAACUUGGACGGCUGGGACACAGAAGGGUCUAGUCCUCAUUGCUCUGCUGGAGGUGGACAGUGCGGCGCCCCCUGCAGGACACUUCUAUAAAUCCCAUAUGUUCAUUGUUCUCUAAAGGGCUUUAGUUUAAGUGAAUUUUGCAUCUCCUUCAUAUUUAAAGUCCAAAUACAUCAUGUAAAUACGUGUAUUUAGAUGAUCUAUAUAUCUAUAUGUACACACAGGAAAAAGGCAUUAUAGGAUUUUUUUUUUUUAACAAGAAGGGAAGCAAGAAAGGAUGCACGUUCGUGGGAAACAGUGAGGGAUGGGGCCACACGCGUCCAUAUCAGUCGUAUUUGUAAACAGAAACAAAUGACGGAGGUUUGGGAAAAAGAGGCUUACCUUCGUAUAAACUGUGACCACAGCAAGGCAUGUGAAUACCUCUCGACCGCACUCGGUCAGUCUAUGCAUCAUCAGCUGAAGGAUCCGUUCAAGUGGACGCGUGUGGCUCCAAACGGCGGGCGGGCGGGCGGGCUCCUACACCCUGGGCCUCCCACUGCUCAGGGUGCCGUAACUGUAGCUGCAACACGUGCUGUCCGAGCGGCGGCUGGGAGGCGUCCGAAAGCACGCCGGCUCCAGGUCGGUCUGCUCACUCCGUGGGCCUCGUAGCAGACUGCAGGCAAACUGGAGGAACCGCGGUACAGAAAAGAAACUGGCUUUGUUCUGUUUGUCUGUUCACUGAGAAGAACAAAACAACCCAAAAUGCGUCUCCAACAAGACUUAAACCUGUUUUUUAAACACUGCAGGUGCCGGAAAGCCUGUUCACAGCCUGUUUAUAACGACUAUAUGUCUUGUUAUGUAUUAAUUAUUAUGCCUACUUGAAUUAUGUGACGAUGUGUACAGGUCAUGAGGUCAGCCCUUUCUUUUAUAACGAAGGGAGCUUUCUGGAGAGUCUGUCUGUUCAUAUCUGCAGGGUUGAGGGAUGGUGCCUCCAUCUAGUGGAAGCUGUCGCAGUCCUCACAGCUCACCGGCGCGUCGCCGUGUCAGCGCUGGCCUCCGUACAUUCAUACCAUGUAUGUAAACGUGCGUUGGAGUCCACCUGCGGAGUCCAUUGAUUUUGCACUGGCGGGGCCUUGGCUGCAGCCCCCCCCCCCCCCCCCCCCCCCCCACCUAGGAGGAGGAACAAGCCAGCGCAACAUUCACACACUCGCCGUCCAACGUUGGCAUCCCGGGUAACAGACAGACUCUCCUCCUCCUCCUCCUCCUCCUCCUCAGUCUCCAGCAACGAUUGUGCAAUAAACUGAAGUCUAUAUUUUUAAA